AUGAAAAAUACAAAUAAAAGUGUUUUAUUAACGCCUGAAAGAAAAGAAAUAAUCAGGUCUGGGCUGAGUUCUCCGCGUAGCUGUUCUUCUUUAACUCAGCCAAAGCAAAAAACACCUAGAAAAGGGAUUUCUUUUAGCUUUACCAAAGAAAUUGAUGACGAGCUUAAGCUAGUUUAUGAGAAGCUUAAAUUUUGCAAAAAAGCUAAAAAAUCAGCCAGCCAAAGCCACUCAUUGACUGCAAAGUCGAGCCCAAAUAAUAAAAUUCGGAAAAAUAUUAGGAUGAGUUUAAAUUUAAUUGAGGAAAAUAAAACGGAGACUUAUCAUUGGAUAAAAAAUUCAAUUUUCAGAGAAAAAGAAAUAGAAAAUCCAGGAAUUGAAAAGGAAGAGUCAUUUAUUGACUUUAAAACGCUCGAAAAUAGGCCUAUUGAGUACUCUGCGGUCGGCUCAACUCAAGAUAUUACUGAUAAAGAAAUUGAUGUAAAAUUUCAAAAUAUUAAAAAAGAAAAAAUAAUAAAAAUCGGAAACUGAGGACAACAAAGGCUUGGCGACAAGCUGGCAAGGAGGCCAAAAUCUAAUUUUUCGUGCAAUAAGAAAAGUAAUUUUUUGAGUUAUGAAAAUUCACAAAGAAAUUCGCUGUGCGGUAGAAGUGAAUCUGGGUCUAUCAUUUUUUCAACUGAUUAA